CCCAACAUACCACACCCUAUAACUCAACAAACUCAGUCCCUCACAAUCUUUAGCUUAUUCUCGGCAUAUGUACAUUCGCGCCCUACAAUUUUCGAAGCAACCCGUCUUUCGCCACCGUUGCUGCGCGACCGUUAGCAAUUAUCCGAUAGGGAAAGGAAAUACAAGCGAGCGGACAUCCAAAGUCCGGCAUACAGUAGUAUAUCGAGAACGACACACUACGAAACAAACAUAGUCAUCCGUUUACCCUACAGCACAUCUUUUUCACCUUUUUUGAAUAAAUAUUGAUAAUCUGUGCGUUGAUCGAGCCGUCAAGGACACUCCAUACAUACCUUUUACAAACUCGCAUCACGCUUCAGACGCCGCAUCUGCCAAGACCAACGUUCCUUGUCGUACUUGGAUAACCGAGAAGAUGGCGAACAUUAUUCCAGUAGCGAACUAUCCGCUCUCCUCGCAGGCGUCCUUGGCAGCGCAGUAUGUGGGUAAAAAACUAGAAGACCUGCCCACACCCGCGGUAGUUUUGGACCGCGCCAUCGUCGGGAGGAAUUGCGAUGCUAUGCUGCAAGUGUGCGAGAAGCUCAAUGUGGGGUUUAGGGCGCACGUCAAGAGUCACAAGACGUGUGAGCUUUCUAAGCUUCAAGUGGGCGAGACUGGGCCCGCGAAUUUCAUUGUGAGCACAGUUAUUGAGGCCGAGAACUUGUUGCCGUAUUUGCUUGAAUGUCAGGCAAAUGGCAGAGAAGCGAGUGUUCUUUACGGCGUGCCCAUAGCACAGUCAGCUAUUCAGCGCCUACUGAACCUGGCAAGCAAACUUGCUCGUGGCUCAGUUAAUGUUCUCAUUGACAAUGAAGAUGCCUUCUCGAAAUUCAAUGACCGUCUCGUAUCGAGCGCCAGUAGCGUCCAGAUUGGCGUCUUCGUCAAAAUCGAUACCGGGUACAACCGCGCGGGAAUCAAGACCGCCUCUCCCCACUUCCGUGGCCUCGUCGAGGCUGUCGUUUCCAAAACACAAAACCCGGGACCCUUCUUGCGAGGCUUUUAUUCUCAUUUUGGACACUCGUAUGCCGGAUCAUCAGAGGAUGACGCUGCGAAUGGGUUGAUUGAAGAGCUGACCGGGCUCGAAGAAGCCAUUUCAGCAGUUCCGUCGACGCAUGUCGGAAAGUUGGUACUGAGUGUAGGCGCCACACCAACAGCGACCGCGGCGCAGAAUAUGCUGUCGGAUUCGAGUUCGAGUCCACGGGUCAAAGAGUUCCAAGGCGUCCUGGAACGACUGCAGAAGACGCACAGAGUGGAACUGCACGCUGGUGUGUACCCGCUGCUGGAUUGCCAGCAGGUCGCCACCCAUGCACGACCGUCUGAGGGGCGGGCGAGUCAGGGCUUCCAGCCUCUUUCGAAAGACAAUAUUGCCAUUCGGAUGCUCGUCGAGGUUACGAGUGUCUAUGAUGAGCGCGAAAAACCCGAAGUGCUCGUUUCUGCGGGAUCACUUGCCAUAGGGCGCGAACCGUGUAAGAGCUAUCCGGGGUGGGGUAUUGUGACACCGGAUUUAGGCAACUCUAAUACAUCGUCCAUAUACGAUGAGCGUGGCGAGAAGACGGGUUGGAUCGUUGGGCGGAUAAGUCAGGAGCAUGGGAUUCUGACGUGGGAGAAUGAUAGGGAAAGGUGUAACCCGCUGACCGUUGGCGACAAGGUGAUGAUUUGGCCGAACCAUGCUUGUGUGGCGGGCGCAGGCUUUGGAUGGUAUUUGGUUGUUGAUUCUGAGCAAGGAGGGGAUACGGUCAUUGACGUAUGGGUGAGGUGGCGCGGUUGGUAAAGCAUUGCUCUUGUAUGGACGGUGAUAUACGAACAUCUUCAUCUUCCUCUCAUAGUAGGUUUAUUGCCCAAAAUUACAAUGCUUCGCAC